GCCAAUGGUGUGACCAAAGAAUUAGUAUUUCCCAAAGCACUAGACCUAGACCGACCAAAACGAGCUAGGACAUUAUUUUCUGGAGAUCAGUUGGAUAUUUUAGAAAGGGAAUUUCAUCAGAAUCAGUAUUUAGUUGGUAAGGAGAGAACAGAUCUCGCUCGCAGGUUGAUGCUUUCAGAAACGCAGGUCAAAGUCUGGUUUCAAAACAGAAGAACCAAAUAUAAACGA